AUGGCCUUAUCAUCCAAACCCUAUACUCUCUCUUUCACAAUCUGUAUCAUCUUCUUUAUAUUUUACGCCAAGGCAACCAAACUUGGUUUCACAGUGGACCUCAUUCACCGUGAUUCCCCACUUUCUCCUUUGUUCGAUAACUCCACAACACGAUUCCAGAAAAUUCACAACGCUUUACGUCGAUCCACCAAGCGUUUGAAUCAUUUCUUCCCCGGUAAUAACAAUAAUCCUACUGCAGAAACCAACCAAGAAGACGAUCCUCUAUCUGAACUUACUACCAGUGAAGGUGAAUACUUAAUGGCAUAUUCACUAGGAAACCCAGAAUUUCAAACUCGGGCUUUCAUUGACACAGGCAGUGAUCUUCUCUGGUUACAGUGUUUUCCCUGUAAAUCUUGUUACCCACAGAACACUCCUAAAUUGGAACCCUUACUUUCUUCCACUCAUAUAAACGUGGAUUGCAAUUCACAAAGAUGCAAAUCUGCCGGCGAAUCAGUGACCAGACGUUCCUGUGAUGGCUCUAAUAUGUGCCAAUAUGAACAAAUAUAUGGAGGUGGGUCUUUUUCAGCGGGAAGUAUCAGAUCUGACACACUCACACUUGGAUCUUCAAGUGGUGGGAAAGUGAAGUUUCCUAGGUUCAUAUUUGGAUGUGGGCAUAAUAAUAGUAAGUUUUCUCGUGGGACUUCUGGUGUUGUUGGUCUUGGAAGAGGUCCGUUAUCGUUAGCCUCACAGUUAAGUAAUUCCAUUGAAGGAAGAUUCUCGUACUGUUUGGUUCCUUCGUUUGAGGCUUCUCCUGGUAAACUGAAAUUUGGUGAGAAUGCUGUCGUUUCUGGAUCUGAUGUUGUCUCUACUCCUAUGGUCUCAAAAUCGCCACCAAAUUACUAUUACCUCACGUUGGAAGCAAUGAGUGUGGGAAACAAGAGAAUAGGGUUGACACCAGUGGUGGAGGGCAAUGUAAUCAUAGAUUCUGGGACAACAUUGACAUUCUUGCCACAAUAUUUCUACAACAAAUUGGAAGCAGAGGUUUCAGCAGUGAUGGACCGAACAGCAAAGCGUGUUAAGGACCCAUUUGGUAAGUUAAAGCUUUGUUAUGAGACACGAGGGGCUGAGGACAUUGGAGCUCCCGCCAUUACUGUUCAUUUCAAGGGUGCAGAUGUGAAGUUAUUUGAACUCAACACAUUCAUUUUGGUGGAAGAGGAAGUGGAAUGCUUUGCUUUCAUGGGUGCUUCUUCCGGACCAUUUGUUUUUGGGAACUUGGCUCAGUUGAAUUGGUUGGUGGGUUAUGAUCUUGAGGAGGCUCUUGUUUCCUUCAAGCCUGCAGAUUGUACCAAGCUCUAA